AAACACUCAGCACCAAUCCAAGAAAUACUUACUACCUACCCAAGAAAAUACUCACCACCUACCCAAGAAGCAAUAGACACCUACCAACGUACUGCAAAAAAAAAAAAAAACCUACAAGUUUU